AUGCUGAAGGUUGUGAAUCUCAUGACUCGCGUUAAGCUGAAGACUGAUGAAAUUGUCACAUCAGCUUCCAAAGAGAUCGGACCUUUCCAAGAUGCAACAGGAAACCAAUUCGAAAUCCAAGCGGAGAUUGUCAAGCCCAGCAGAAGCGCCGUGUUAUUGAGAUCAAUAGCGUUGGCGACCACAAUCCACCCACAAUUUGCCACUAUCACCCUCGAGGAACUCGCCGUGGAGGUAGUGGGUAUCGAACUUGCCCUUGAGGUCAUCCAAACUGUCCAUGGAGAUGUCCAUGUCAUGGUCAACCCGAGUUAUUCUUACAAUACAGAAGCAAUAGUUACCAAUGCUCAGCGUAAGAUCAAAACAUUCAGAUUCGACGUCCAAAAGAGGAGUAUUGAUUCAUUUCCUGCAGGACUUCAUCGUAUCUGCCACAUCGUCGACCCCGAUUUCGACACGUCUCGCCUGGUUACCAAAGUGCCAGCGACAUGGGAGGGAAUGCAAGCAGCGCGUCAGCUCAAGCAAAGUGGAAUUAAAUCUUUGGCCACAACUCUCUUCUCGAUGGAACAGGCGAUUCUUGCGGGCGAAGCUGGCUGUAUAUCGGUCUCACCGUUUGUGCAUGAGCUCAAAACUGAGACUUAUCAGGGAUAUAAGGACACGGACCCGAUUCUUGGUGUCUGUGUGCAAGCACAGCAGUUCUAUCACCAGAACUCUCUACCCACGCGGUUGAAAGCCUGUGUGACACUGGAUCUUGAUGAGUUGAUAAUGCUCGCCGGAAUCGACGCACUGACUAUAACACCAAAAGUGCUGACGGCAUUGGCAGCUACAGAGAGACCCCAACGGGAGGUGGAAAGUAUGUCCUUGUUUCCGAAAACUGCUACGGCCACAGAGGCUGUCAAGUAUCCUUCAUAUAUCGACUCCGAGAGUCAAUAUCGGGUUCAUUUCGCUGCGAGGGAGGGUGGAAAGGCGCAGUUCAAGACAGCGCAGGUAUGA